CUUAUUUAAAACUGAAGAUGAAGAGAAAGUUCUACUCUUGGGAUGAAUGUAUGAACUUGAGAGAAGUUAAGUCUCUGAAGAAACUUAAUCAUGCCAAUGUGAUUAAACUGAAAGAAGUUAUUAGAGAAAAUGACCAUCUUUAUUUUGUAUUUGAAUAUAUGAAAGAAAACCUCUAUCAAUUAAUGAAAGACAGAAACAAGUUGUUCCCUGAAUCAGUCAUCAGAAAUAUUAUGUAUCAAGUAUUGCAAGGGCUGGCUUUUAUUCAUAAACAUGAUUCUAUACUUGAAUGGAAUGAAAUUGAGGACACCUACAAUUUUUCAUCACCACGCAUCUGUCAGUAUCGUGCUCCCGAAGUUUUAUUAAGAUCUUCAGUGUAUAGCUCUCCCAUUGAUGUGUGGGCUGUUGGGAGUAUAAUGGCUGAACUAUAUACAUUACGACCACUUUUCCCAGGGACAAGUGAGGUUGAUGAAAUCUUUAAAAUUUGCCAAGUUUUAGGGACUCCCAAAAAGAGUGACUGGCCAGAAGGGUACCAGCUUGCAUCCUCCAUGAAUUUCCGCUUUCCCCAGUGUGUUCCUAUAAACUUAAGAACUCUCAUUCCCAACGCCAGUAAUGAAGCAAUACAGCUCAUGACUGAAAUGUUGAGUUGGGACCCAAAGAAACGACCAACAGCAAGCCAGGCAUUGAAACACCCAUAUUUCCAAGUCGGUCAAGUAUUAGGCGGUUCUUCACAUCAUCAGGAAUCAAAACAGCCUUUAAAUAAGCCGCUGCAUCCACUACAAUCGAAGCCAUCUUUAGUUGAACUAGAACCUAAGCCUAUCCCAGACAUAACUGACCAGACUGUCGGACAGCCCCAGCCCAAAAACAGCCAUCAACCACUGCAGUCCAUUCAGCCAUCACAGAACUUGAGUGUCCAGCAACCUCCAAAGCAACAGAGUCAACAGAAACCACCGCAAACAUUAUUUCCAAGUAUCCUCAAAAACAUGCCAACUAAGCCAAAUGGCACACUGGGUCAUAAAAGUGCUCGCAGGCGUUGGGGUCAGACUGUGUUCAAGUCUGGAGAUAGUUGGGAUGAGUUUGAGGACUGCGAUUUUGGAGCCUCCCAUUCCAAGAAGCCAAGUGUAGGUGUUUUCAAAGAAAAGAAGAAAAAAGAUUCUCCAUUUCGGCUUCCAGAGUCUGUACCCUCAGGCCCCAACCACUCAGCAGGGGAAAACAAGAACUUACCUGCAGCUGCUUCCCUAAAAUCUGAUUCCGAAUUGUCAACUGCUUCGACAGCUAAACAGUACUACUUGAAACAGUCAAGAUACCUUCCAGGUGUAAAUCCUAAGAAUGUGUCCCUGAUAGCCAGUAGAAAAGACGUGAACUCAUACACUUGGAAUAAUCGGUUAUUUCCUAAGUCAUUGGCACCCACUGGGGCAGAAUUUGCUUUCAAAAGGAGUAAUGCAGAAGAAAGCAUAAUUAAACCAAUUGAAAAACUAUCAUGCAAUGAGAAUUUUCCCGACAAGUUAGAGGACCCACAAGAAAAUCUUGGAAGUUAUGCCACUUACAAUCAGUCUGGAUAUAUUCCUUCCUUUCUCAAAAAAGAAGUUGGGUCAGCUGGCCAAAGGAUCCAUUUAGCACCUCUUGGUGCAACAGCUUCAGAAUAUACCUGGAACACAAAAGCUGGUCGGGGGCAGUUUUCAGGACCUACUUACAAUCCUACAGCAAAAAAUCUAAACCUUGUGACCCGCGCACAGCCAGUUCACUCCGUGCAUGGAAGGACAGACUGGUUGGCCAAGUACGGAGGCCAUCAGUAG